CGUGGCAGCCGCUGGAGCCGCGGACGAGGAGCGAGGCCGGCCGCCGGGCACUUCCUGUGGAGGCCGCAGCGGGCGCGGGCGCCGACGGGCCGAGCGCCGAGCGAGCGAGGGAGCGAGCGAGCCGAGCCUCCCGCCGCCGCCAUGGGCCAGAACGACCUGAUGGGCACGGCCGAGGACUUCGCCGACCAGUUCCUCCGGGUCACGAAGCAGUACCUGCCCCACGUGGCGCGCCUCUGCCUGAUCAGCACGUUCCUGGAGGACGGCGUCCGCAUGUGGUUCCAGUGGGGCGAGCAGCGUGACUACAUCGACACGACGUGGGGCUGCGGCUACGCGCUGGCCUCCGCCUUUGUGCUCCUCAACCUGCUGGGACAGCUGACCGGCUGCAUCCUGGUGUUGAGCAGGAACUUCGUGCAGUACGCCUGCUUUGGGCUCUUUGGAAUCAUAGCGCUGCAGACGAUCGCCUACAGCAUCCUGUGGGACUUGAAGUUUUUGAUGAGGAAUCUGGCCCUGGGAGGAGGCCUGUUGCUGCUCCUGGCGGAAUCCCGUUCCGAAGGGAAGAGCAUGUUCGCAGGCGUCCCCACCAUGCGCGAGAGCUCUCCCAAACAGUACAUGCAGCUCGGAGGCAGGGUUCUGCUGGUCUUGAUGUUCAUGACCCUCCUUCACUUUGAUGCCAGCUUCUUCUCGAUUCUCCAGAACAUCGUGGGCACAGCUCUGAUGAUUUUAGUGGCCAUUGGUUUUAAAACCAAGCUGGCUGCUUUGACUCUUGUCGUCUGGCUGUUUGCCAUCAACGUGUAUUUCAACGCCUUCUGGACCAUUCCUGUCUAUAAGCCCAUGCAUGACUUCCUGAAGUACGAUUUCUUCCAGACCAUGUCGGUGAUCGGAGGCCUGCUCCUUGUGGUGGCCCUGGGCCCCGGGGGCGUCUCCAUGGACGAGAAGAAGAAAGAGUGGUAACAGACCCCUUCCCUGCCUGGCUAGGACCCGCGGCCAUCGAGGACUGGUUCGGGGUGGGUUCGACCAAAAUGCCAGCAUUUAUGUGUCCUCUUUCCUUCCCUCCCUUGGUAAAGGCACAGAUGUUUUGAGAAUUUAUUUGCAGACACCUGAAAUUUGGCGGCUAAAUCUGCUCUGGACCCACAGCCUAGUACCUGACCACUGGGGCGGGCUGGCUGGGCACAGCGCCUCCCUCCCCCAGGCACGGCCUCGGCUUCCCACGAGCAGCUUGCUGGGCUGUGGCCUCAGUUCCCGUUUUUGUUUCUGUUUUGUGGGUGGGGGGCCUUCAAGCUGUACUGUGAGCAGAUACAUCUGUGUAUCCUUCAAAGCGGUCUCCCUCUUACUGUUUUUUAAGUUUACGUUUUUAGCUAAAACUAAAUGAUUUGGGAUGGCCCAGCCCAACACCACACAGUCAACGUCCUGGGCGUAAGCCUCGCCCACGGCUCCGAGUUGUCCCCGUGCCGCAUCGUAACGCUCGCAGGGACGACAACGGCAUUUGGACCCAAACCCAAAGAACGAAGUGGUGCCAGAGGGGCCACCGAGGCUGCCGUUCACUCGGCACAAAACCGGCUCCGAUUGGUGCAGCUCGUUGGGUAGGGGAACCCCCCGGGAGCCUCAGUGGCUCAGGGCGGGAACGGCGGGGCUAGAAGUCCCCAGGUGCACCUGGAGCCUAUGGGGACCCCCGCCCCGGCCCGGCCCUAUGCCUGCGCGCUGACUCCCGCGAGGGGCGUGGCUCUCAGACCAGUUACCUCACCCCCGGUCUUCACACCGAGCCUGGGCUGCCGCUGUGGGCUCCCGUGGGCUCCGACCUGGCCAAGCGCCCCGCCCGCCUCUCCUUCGGCUGGAGGGACUUUUCCCAAGCUGCGCAGCCGUGACUUACCACUUUCUCAAGGCUGUUGCUUGCUCAGAUUUGUCUUUGCUACGCUGAAUGCAGCCCAAAUUACUUUUUACGAUUUGUGAUGCCUUACCGAUUGGAUCUUAAUCCUGUAUUUAAAGUUUUCUAACAUUGCCUUACACUGCGUUUCUCUUCUUGGGGGUGCACGCGCCUGUUGGCUCUUCUCCACUCGUCCACGCUGUAGCGACUGCCACGAGGGGAGAGUUGGACUCGUCUGUGCCUCCCCCAGACCCUGGGGGGGGGUGGGGUGGCAGGCUGACCAAGCUAGAACGAGGACUGCCUGAAGCUGGUCUCUUUUUUCCUGGUUCAUGGCUAGAUGUGCAAGCCUGAGGGCAUCCCUAGGGAUGCCGGGGCCAGUCCCGAACCAGGAUCCACAUUUACCAGCCAGACCAGAGCCAGCGUGGGGCGGGGAAGCUGCCCCGCUUUUGCCUCCCAGUGCUCCUAGAGCCUCACUUGGCUCUGCGGCCUGGACCCGCCAGACCUGAC